AUGGCGACCAUCGUCCCAACCUCUGAAGAAGAUCCUGCACUAGCGGUUGUCCGCUUCACCUCCGACCUUGCCUGGGCCGAUGCUGGUCCCGAGGUUGCGGAACCACAAGUUACCAGGCUUUGUAUGGAGGCCCAGGAAUGCAUGGUCGUAGGAAGAUGGUUGGACUUGGCUUCCUUGAUGCUAACUUCAGCUGACUUGUUAUUCUCCAAUGCCAAGGUGUCGGAGAAAGACCUUGAAUGCAUCUUCACUGUUAUUUGCAACCUUGUCACGAAGUCUCAAAACCCGAGUGAAGCUCUUGAGAUGGCUAAGCUGAUAUCGGCAAAGAUUGUUCAACAGCCAACUGAAAAGCCUGCACUGCGCUUAAAGAUCUUGUUCAAUCUGUACAAUCUUCUGGAGGAUCCAUAUGCACGAUUCUCUGUCUAUAUGAAGGCCUUGACUUUAGCAUUGAAUGGGAAGGUCGCUGAUCACAUAAUACCGUCACUCAAGAAGAUAGAUGGUUUCUUGAAAGAAUGGAAUCUUGAUGUCAAGGAUAGGAGAGAGCUCUAUCUCGCCAUCUCUAAUGCGCUCAAAGACAGUAAAAGCUCAACUAAGGAUGGCUUCAAAUUCCUGACAAAGUAUUUGACAACUUUCUCCGGUGAGGAUGCACUUGUGAUUGCUGAAGCCAAGGAGGAAGCUGUCCGUGCCAUUAUUGAAUUUGUGAAGGCGCCUGACAUGUUUCAGUGUGAGCUGUUAGAUAUGCCAGCUGUUGUGCAGUUGGAAAAUGACGCCACAUAUGCAUUGGUAUAUCAACUAUUGAAGAUAUUUUUGACUCAGAGGCUUGAUUCCUAUUUGGAGUUCCAAGCUGCGAAUUCUACCUUGCUAGAAACCUACAACCUUGUUCACGAGGAUUGUAUAGCAAAGAUGAAGUUGAUGUCAUUAGUGGAUCUCGCCUCUACCCCGUCUAGGAAAAUCCCAUAUGCUCUUAUCAAGGAUACACUUCAGGUUAGUGAUGAUGAUGUAGAAUUAUGGGUAGUAAAGGCGAUAACUGCCAAGUUGAUUGACUGUAAAAUGGAUCAGAUGAACCAAGUGGUGCUCGUGAGCCGCUGCAGUGAGCGCGUCUUUGGGCAGCACCAGUGGCAAGAACUUGGGGAGAAGCUUGCAACUUGGAGGGAAAAUAUUGCGAGUGUGAUAAAUACCAUCCAAGCUAACAAGAUAGUUGAAGAUGGAGUGCAACAGGUAGCGCAAGGCGUGGCAAUUCGGUAG